GCAGCUGCGGAGCUCAAUUGCACCAUGAGAAGCCGCGCAUAGGCGCAUAUCAUUACACGAAGCCGCACCUGUCGAAAUAAUCUCUCUCUUCUCCUCUCAUCGCACCCGUCUCAUUCGCAUCGUCUCUCUAGCGACAUCAUGGGCUUCGCAACCGGCUUCACCGGCGGCGUGACGCUCACUCUGUCACUGGCAUAUCUCUCCGUCCUCGCCCACCAGCGCAGCCGCGAGGCACAGAGCCAAUCGAUCCGCACGCAGACGCUCAUGAUUCAGCACCUCCUCGAUCCAGUCCCUCAACCAUUGCCCCCGACACGAUCCGAAGUCGCCGCUGCCCAGCGAGAAGCCGCCGUCGAGGUCAUCAAACAACGAUGGAACUCCGAGAUUGAAAAUGCCGUGCGCUGGGUGCAGCACACGGAUUGGGACGAGGUGCGAGAAAGCAUGGAGGCCAGAGCCGCGUACCUCUGGGCCAAGGCGACAGGCCGGUCUGUGGAGGAAGUGGAGAGGGCCAGGCGCUCUCUAGAGCCCGUCAAGAGGACGCAGGCCAAGGCCGGCGGCGAGAUUGCUGCUGCUACGAGAGGGGCGUUCAACCAGGCCAAGGAAACAGCCGAAGCCAUUGAGAUGACUGCAGAGAACCGGGCUCUGGAUGCCAGGCUAAGGAGCAAGAAGGCCCUUGAGGAGACGGCCGCCGAUGCCAGGGAAAUUGCGAGCGUAGCCGUGGAGAAGGGUCGGGAGACGGCCAAGGUGGUCGCGGACAAGGCGAAGUCUUUCGUUGGCCUGGCCGGGGAACAGAUCGAAGAGAUGGCUGGCGACAGCAUCAAGUUGAGCCCUGUUCAAAAGGCCCUGAGUCAACGAUACCAGAAGCCUUCGCCAGACACACGGACGACGGCGGAGAUUCUCCAGGAGAGAUACGUUCCUAUGGAUAAGCGAGACAACACCAUCCUUCGAGGACUGUAAGAGAGCUUGGUGGGAGUUGGGAGCAGUUACACAGGAGACACAAGGGGGACCAAAAAGGCGUUUGUAGCAAGGUCUCACAGUAGAACACCUAAUGAGACCGGGAGC